AAUCUCACCCCCCGAAACGGGAGGAGCUUAUUGUCGUGGCCCAAUGACACUAUUGACAGUAAUUGGGUAAUGUUUUCCAAUGUUUCCUUAACCUUAAUUCGUAGUUUUAAGUUUAGUAGCUUAAAAAACACUUAUAGAAUGACUACAGGAACUUCAACGUCCGCAAAAGGAGACCUAGGAGAUAUGCGGAAACCGUAUAAUGAAAAGCAUAAAACGUUCACUGAGGUUGACCUAAUAUCAAAGGAUCCAAUUGAGCAAUUCGAAUCCUGGUUUGAUGUUGCUUGCCAAACUACUACCAUCCUUGAAGCUAAUGCAAUGUGCCUCUCAACAGCCUCAAAAACAGGCAAACCUUCUGCUCGUUAUGUUUUACUUAAAGGAUUUGAUAAAGAAGGAUUCAGAUUCUUCACAAACUAUUCCAGUAGAAAAGGCAUUGAAUUGGAAGAAAAUCCAUUUGCAGCAAUCACUUUCUACUGGGAACCUCUUCUGCGUUCUGUUCGGAUUGAGGGUUCUGUAAAAAAAAUUUCUACCGAAGUAUCUGAUCAAUAUUUUCACUCACGACCCCGCGGGAGUCAAAUUAGUGCAAUUCUUUCAGCUCAAAGCCAACCGAUUCCGUCCCGCCAAACGUUAAUUGAUGCGGAAGAAAAACUAUUACAAAAAUACAAUGACGAAAAUAUUCCUAUUCCAAGACCAGAAAACUGGGGAGGUUACGUUGUUGUCCCAGAAGUGAUCGAAUUUUGGCAAGGACAGUCCACAAGAAUCCAUGAUCGUAUUCGAUUCCGGAGACCAGUGUCUAGUGUAGAGCCAGAUGGUAUCUUAACUUAUCAAGGUGAUCAAGGUUGGAUUUAUGAACGUCUUUCUCCCUGAAAAUAUAUUCGGAAGAAACUGUCUGGCACUAUAGUCACAUCCUAACCUAUGUUUAUAAAAUACAAGCAGUUUGGAGUUAAGUUCGUUAGGGAUUGCAAUAUACCAUAUUGAAGCACCUUACAAUAUUUAGUCAAAUAAACUGAAGAAGAGCUAGCACA